AUGUUAAACGGAGCAGCAGCAGCCAUGAACGGGACCGUCACCAUGGAGCUGCUCUCUGAGACCGUGGAGCGUCUCCCGCUGGCGGAGCUGGCGUUCUACCCGGUGGCCUUCAUGGUCCUCCUGCUCAGUUGGACCACCAGGGCCGCCACGCCCGACCCCGCCGCGAUGGCGUACAAGCUGGGCCUGCCCUUCCUGGGCCGCCUCGCGCCCAGCCUCAACAUGGGCUCGCUCCUCGUCUUUGUCGCCGUCUACUUUGGAUCCUCCAUGGGUAACUGGGCGCUCGCUUGGGUGGCGGUGGUCCUGGCGGCCGUCACAUGCCCCAAGCCCAUUGAAAUGGUGCUUCUGAACGCGAUCGUCAAGUCGUCGCUGUUUGGCUCCUCGCGCAAGGUCGAGACAUUCAUGGUGGACCUUCUGCGCAUCGCGCGCGAGCUGGCGGCCAAGCAGGGGCAGCCCAAGGACGCCCUGAUAGACUGCCUCAAGUUCGAGCUGCCCUUCAUGCUGCCCAUUUACGUCCUCAUCGACGUCCACUACGCGCACUUCCUGCACGCAGCACCCACCUGCGAGUUCUUUGCCACCGACUACAAGGCGCGCGACUGGUUCAUCGGCCCCAACCUGCUGACGGCCAAGAGCCCGCCCAUGAAGAACCCCGAGUGGCUGAUGCACCGUGCGCUGACGGCCGCCGUGAACGUGGACCGCAACGGCAUCGAGUCGACCAUGGGGCGCAUGGUGGUGCAGGGGAUGAAGAUCCUGGCGGAAAUGAGCCGCGAUCUUAAGAAGAAGUACGGCUCCGUCAUCGACCUCUGCGAAGAGUUCGAGCACAUCAUCGUGACGGCCCACCUGAGCGCCAUGUUCGGGCAGGCGUACACGGACAAGUUCCCCAUGAUCUCCAAGGAGGUCAACUACACGGCCAUCAAGUACAGCAGCGUCUCCAACGGCAUGCAGAUCAAGGUGUGGCAGCCGCUCGAGGGCCUCAAGUUCCUGGACGGCCGCAAGAAGGUCGUGGACUCCCUCCUCUGGGCGCUCGAGCACAGCGACUCCGCCCUGCUGGAGAUCAUCAGGAAGGCGCACAAGGAGGGCAAGAUCACGCACGAAGAGCUGCUGGGCACGUGCCUGCUGUUCACGUACGCUCUGGCCCCGUCGCGCACGUCCAUCUUCGGGCUGUCCCUGCUGGCCAACCUGCCGCACGAGCAGGACCGUGUUGCUAAGGAGGUGCGUACCACGCUGCCCGACGUCUUCGACGAGAAGACGGGCGAGUUCGACCCCAAGAAGGUGGACGUCUGGAUGACCGAGCUCGACGAGUGCGACAACCUCAAGCGGGCCGUCAGGGAGACGCUGCGGCUGUACCCCGGCGUGCCCAUGUUCAUUCCCCAGAUGGCGGCGCGCGACGUGCAGAUUGGCCCGUGGCAGAUCCCCAAGGGCGCGCUCACCAUGUCCAUGCCCUUCCUCAGCCAGCGCGAUGGCAAGGUGCACCAGAACCCCGACCAAUUCGACCCGACCCGCAACCUGGAGAAGGGCGCCCCCCUGCCGGACGGCACGCUGACCUACUUCCCGUUCGCCAUGGGCCCCCGGUCGUGCCAGGGCCAGUUCUACGGGGAGCUGCUGGUGCGCGCCGCCAUGGGCAUCGCGCUGCGCGACCACGAGUUUGAGGCCAAGGGCCCGGUGCCGCCCCCGGCCAUGCUGGGCUUCAUCCACCCCAUGACGCCCGCGUGGGCCAAGAUCCAGCCCCCCCCGGUGGAGCAGAAGAAGAAGACCGAGGUUGCGAAAGCGGUCCCAGCUGCGGCGGGCAAGCCGCAGCUGUCGGCAAUGAACUCAAUCAAGGAGGUGCCCCGCUUGAGCAAUGUGGACACCAUCACGGUGCUGUACGCAUCCACCCAGGGAACGUCACGUGCCUUCGCAGACCGCCUGGCGAGGGGGCUCCAGGAGUCGGACCUGAGUGAGCUGGCGGACACCCCCGCCAUCAAGGUGUUCGACGCGGCGGACUACUCGAUGCAGCAGCUGACGCGCGAGUCGCUGGUCAUCUUCGUGACGUCCACGUUCGGGCACAACCAGCCGCCGUACUCGGGGUCCAACCUGAAGGCGUUCGUCAACAAGCCCGACACCAAGCUGCCCAACCUGGCGUACGCGGUGCUCGCGCUGGGCAACUCCGUGUACCCCAGCUUCUGCAGCUUCGGCAAGCUCUUCGACAAGCGCCUCGCGGAGGUCGGCGCGCAGCGACUGAUGCCCGUCACCCUCUGCGAUGAGAUUGAGGGGCAGGAGGGCGCCUUCAACGCUUUCCUCGAGCAGAUUGCGGACGUCCUGUACAGCGCACUUGGCGGCGGAGAUGGCGCCCCGAGCCCCGUCAGCGUGUUGCCGGUCACCCGGUCCUCCACGGGCAAGGGCAAGCCGCCGGCGGGUGCCCCCGCGGCCGGCCCGCCGAUGGUGAAGAAGCACAAGAGCGCGGACCCCAAGAGGGUGGAGUCCGCGCAGCACCACAAGCGGUUCGAGCUAGUGGAGCUAGGCCGGGGACAGAUCGCGCGCCAGCGCCCGGCGGGGCCCAUCAAGGAGGGCGCGCCCAAGGGCACGCGCGACCACCCCGUGGAGCUGCAGGUGAUCGCCAACCGUUGCCUGCGCCCGUACACCAGCCUGGCGCAGAUUCGCAACGUCGUCGUGCGGACCCCCUCCGAUGGCUCCCUCACGUACCAGCCCGGGGACCUUCUCGGAGUCUACCCUGUGAACCGGUUGGACCUGGUGACGUCCUUGUCGGAGCGGCUGGGCAUCACGGACCUGGACACGGAGUUUGAGCUGCGCCCGCUGCGCGGCAAGGACCAGCUGGCGUCACCGCUGCCCGACAAGAUGACGUACUGGCUCGCGCUGACGUCAUACCUGGCCAUCCAGCGCGUGCCGCAGCCGCAGCUACUCAAGGUCCUGCAGCAGUACACCACCGACCCCGAAGAGGCGAGCUGGCUGGGCCAGCUGGGCGCGGGCGGCCCCAAGUACACCGAAUUUGCGAUGGGCAGCCACAGUCUGCUGGAGACACUGUACCGCGUGCCAUCGUGCAAGCCGGACGUGGCGCACUUGUUCGAGACGCUGCCGCACCUGCAGCCGCGCAUGUACUCCAUCUCGUCCUCGCCGCUCUACCACCGCGGCCAGGCGCACCUCACCAUUGCCGAGCUGAUCUACCAGUCGCACGACGCCAGCUGGAAGCGCGGCGUGUGCAGCACGUUCCUGGGCACGGACAUCAUGAUUCCGUCAUCCAUGGCGGACCCCAACUGCCGCCUGCUGGGCUACGUCAUGCCCAACCCCGGCUUCCACCUGCCCGAGAGCGCGAGCACGCCCAUCGUCAUGAUCGGCAUCGGGUCCGGCAUCGCGCCAUUCCGCGGAUUCUGGCAGCACCGCCUCGCGAUGCUCAAGGACUCCAAGAACACGACCCAGCUGGGCGACGCUCUGCUGUACGCGGGCUUCCAGAGCAAGGUCAACUCGUGCUACCUGGACGAGCUGGAGCAGGCGCAGAAGGAAGGCGCACUCUCCAAGGCGCGCGUGGUGUACAGCCGCGAGGGCGAGCGCAAGUACGUGACGCACGCGCUGACGGAGGACCGCUGGUCGCUGUGGCACGAGUACCUGAGCCAGGGGGCCGUCGUCUAUGUGUGCGGCACCAUUAACGCCGCCAACGACGUGCGCGAAACCAUCCUGGGAGUCAUGAAAGAGGCUGGCGGCAUGUCGGAGGAAGAUGCUGAGGCGUGGCUGGAGAGCGCUCGCGACCGCGACCAGUACAAGGAGGACGUCUUCGGAGAGAGCACGGCGUCGUACUCCAAGACGCGGAUGCAGGCCCGCCUCCGCUCAGCCAAGGUGAAGCUGCGCUCCUCCUUCCACUUCCUGGGCGCCAAGGGGAUUGCCAAGAUCCUGGAGAGCGCCCCGCCAAUGUAGACGCACCACCUCGACAAAGAGGUCUGGGGAAGUGCGUCCGUCAUUUCGCGAAGCAAGCUGGUCCUAAGGCAUUAGGAGCUUGAUAGAAAGUGCUGGCCGUCGCAAGCAGUGGGUUUAGAGCAAAGGUCUAAUGGACAUAUGGAUGCGUCACGAGCAUUUUGCAGCCAAAAUCAAUCCCGGUGGAAGAGGAUUGAUAGCUCGCUUACGCGCCCCUAGGUAGAUGUACUCGGCUCAGUAGUUGCGUAGCACAGUCGGUGCCAUACUGGUAUUUUCCCGUACAUCAUUGAUGUGGCAAACAAGACCAAGUUUUUAACGUGUCCCAAGUAGCCGUUCAUCUGGCAGGAUUAGUCAUAGCGCCUCUAAUUUAGCAUAUGUUGAACCACAUACUCAAGGUUAGAUCAACAAGUCGUGCCAUUGUGCAUAACACCGCUAACCACUGAACCAAGGACUCCAUAUUGGAGACAAAAACUCCGCGUUUGAGUUAAAGGCUUUGUUUAUACGAACCGAGUGCACGAAAGGUCAGUGAGUGAUGGUGUUGUCGCAUCCCUUCUGUAUUGUCAUUGAACGAAGUGACUGCAAACCAUCGCAUCAAUUUUGUGAGUUAAGGAG